AUGUCCAGCAAGGCCACCCUCGCCUUGCUCAUCUGCGGCUUGAUCACACAGCACAGCAGCAACGCGGCACACGUCAACCUCGGAUUUCCACAUGUUACACUGGAAGGCGAAGCGUACGACGAGGACGGCAACUCUCUACCGUCUUUGGAUUACGAGCGUGAGCAGAUGGAGGUGAGGAGCCCCCCGACGGGGACGCAAGACCUCUACUCCCUUUAUUACCCACCUGCCGACCAAAGGAUGGAAAGGCACGCGGACGGCAUGUUCAACAAAGCAUACAGAAAAGCGUUAGGUCAGUUGUCGGCCAGGAAGUAUCUUCACUCCUUGAUGGCCAAGCGCGUCGGCGUGGGCAAGGCGUCGGACGAGAUCGGCGAGCCGCUGUCCAAGCGCCACUCGGACGGCAUCUUCACGGACAGCUACAGCCGCUACCGCAAGCAGAUGGCGGUCAAGAAGUACCUGGCGGCCGUGCUGGGGAAAAGGUACAGACAGAGAGUUAGGAACAACAAAGGACGCCGGCUGGCUUUCUUGUAG